GUGGGCCGCUGAAAACAAAGUUGCUGGAGGCGGAAAAGUUGAAAGCUUCUUUGCAAGGAGUUGGUGUUUAACAAUCGUUUUUUCUUUAAUAUUUAUAUCAGUGAUUUCGAACAUUUAUUGUGGUAAAAAUUGUUGCGUCUUGUAGUACAAGUAGAUAGAGUGGAUCUAAGCUUAUCGAGCAGCCGGAUUCCGGACCUUGUCGAAGAACAUAUCUCAGGGAAGGAUUUGGACAUGGAAGCUCAGGAACGAACGGUUUUCCGGUGUACCGUUUGCGAUUGGUACUACCUGAGUGAGGAAGGAUUGUGGAACCAUGUACAGCUUCACGAAAUUCCCGACGAAAAGAGGAAAAGCCACUGCGAGGAAUUGAUAACUUCCAGUGUGCUGUAUGAAUGCGAACAAUGCAAUGAUCAACGGCUUUAUGAGGAAGAUGGCUACAAUCAGCACAUUAUCGAAUAUCAUGAUGAGCCGCCAAUUGAGCAAGUGUCCAUCAAAUGUGAAUGUACGGAUUGCGGGGACAUUUUUGCCAAUCACGAUCUGCUAUUACAACACGUCGAAGAAGCCCACCGGAUCAUUGCUUGUAGAAUAUGUGCUGCGACUUUCAAUGAUGAUAAAGAACUGGAUAAUCAUAAGAUCACCCAUCAUUUGGAGAAGUGUUAUUCUUGCCCAUACUGCUUGGAGACGAUACCCGAUGUAAAUACAUACAAAAAUCAUGCAGAUCUCUGUUCAAAGCAACAAUACUCGUGUGAAAUAUGUAAUACCGAAUUUGCGAGCUUAAUAUUCCUGGAAAAACACAACAGACAAGUCCACCCCGAGGACAUUAGGCAGUCUGAAGAUGUUGUGGCAGAUAACAAUGAUGGUGAAAUCAUCAUCGAUAAUAUUGUACCAGCCCAUGAUGAAAUCAAAAUGGAAAUUUCUGUGGAAGAACCAACGUUACAACCGGUGUCUCAUGAUCAGGCUCACGAUGAUAUGCUUUUAGUUGUUUCCGACGUUCAUGAGGAACUACAUGCCGAUAACUCUAGUAUUACUGACAAGGAACCUCAUGUAACAAUUGACAAAAAAGAAUAUCGUCGUUAUAAUGUGGGAAAUAGAACCGUCUUUGAGUGUCUGAUCUGUAAUGCAACGUUCGAUAAGUUUAAUGCCUACCGGUGGCAUAAGAUCAAAACCCACAUCGGAAAGACACUUAUUUGUCCACAUUGCGGAAAGUCACUGUGGAAGCUAAACGAUUUCCAGAAUCACAUAGCCAAGUGUGCCAUCAAAAAGUUUCCCUGUGAGUUCUGCAAUCGUAGGUUUCCUACAAAAGAGGCUGUGGAAGUUCAUAUAAAAGAACGCCACAAGUUACAAGUACAGCAAAUGAUCGGAUUGCCCAUGGUCACGAUGCCCAAUGUAGACUGCAAAUGUGAAUGUACGGUUUGUGGUGAUAUUUCUGAGAAUAGGGAGCUGCAUUUCGGACACAUGAAAGCUAACCAUGGCCAUAAAGUUAUGUGUGAUUAUUGUACUUUGACCUUUACUGACGAUGACGAGCUGGCGAGUCAUACGAAAUCCGACCACAAUCAGGCUAGUCAAAAGUGUUACGAAUGUACACUUUGUGGGAUCAUGUUUAGCAGUCAACAACGUUAUAACAUGCAUAAGCAAGUAAUUCACCAAAGGAUACAACACAAAUGUUCCAAAUGUUUGCAACAGUUUUACAAAACACAUACAUUUUUGGAACACAAGGCGCAAUGCGUUGGUAGGAUACUUUCCUGCAAAUUCUGUGAUGCAAAAUUCUCAACUGACAAAGCAUUGAGAAAACACCUUCAAAGGAAUCACAAAGUUGUCGAGCAGGCAUCAGAGCCAAACAUAAUUCAAUCCAUCAAAAGCGAGUGCCCGAUUUGCGGGGAAGUGUUUAGUGAUGGGUUUCAGCUUUCCAAACACGUUCAGGAAAGCCAUCAGAAGACUGUAUGUACGAUUUGCUACAAAACGUUCGAUAAUGAUGCUGAACUUUUUAGCCAUAAGCUUACAACACACCCAGAUCCAGCGUCCGACGCGUUUCAGUGUCCUCAUUGUGCCAAACACUUUCGCUCAUCUGCCUUACUCGAAAGCCAUCAGGAAUCGUGCGGCCCUCGAUGUUUGCGAGAGUGUAAUAUUUGCCAUAAGAAAUAUGUUAAACUUAGUCGGCUUAUAGAACAUACGAGCUCGUGUCAUCCGGAAAUGAUCUUCAGUUGUCGCUUUUGCCCGAGAAAGUUCAUCGAAGAGGCGGCUCUUCUCAGGCAUGCGGAUUAUUGUGCGGAGCGGAUAUAUUCCUGCAGUCAGUGUGAUGCCAGUCGGAAGACCUUAGACGAAUUCAAACGCCAUGUUGCGCUGACUGGCCAUGCGGCAGAGCCUGUGAUAGCACCAGAGGCACCCGCUCACAACGAACCUAACCACCAAUGUACCAAAUGUAAUAAGGCGUUCCAUUCCAAAUCAAAGUUGGCGAAACAUUUGCUCCGUCACAAUAGAAGCAAAAAGUCACCUGUAAAGCCAAAGCCGAUUCCGCCGUCUAUGACCAGAGAACCAUACAUACAAUGUCCCAAAUGUGAUAAGAAGUUUCGUUUCCAAUCAAAGCUCAAAAGACAUUUGCUCCAGCACGAUAGAGUAGUACAAAUCAAGAAAAAGCAUCCCAUGAAGCGAAAGGAGUCGAAAACAUCGUUCCCAUGCUCACUAUGCGACGCUGUAUUUCCUAAUGUUAGCAGUCUAAAAUAUCAUAAGAGAAUGAUUCAUCAAAAGCCUAACAUCAAAUGUCCCGAUUGUGACAGAACAUUCCAUUUCAAGUCCCAACUAGAGAGCCAUUCAAGCGUCCAUAUUGGAGUCAAUGUAACCCGGGUAGAGAACACUCAGUCUGCCGAAAGCGACUCACCUUCCUACCCGUGCCCACAUUGUACCAAACAAUUUGACAGAUCUGAUCUACUCAAGCGGCAUGUGAGGGAAUGUGUCCCUCACGAGUGCUAUAUCUGCAACCAGACGUUUACCGCGUAUGCUAAGUACAGUACGCACAUGCUGACAAAUCACCCGAAACUGGUGCACAGUUGUCCGUUUUGUCCGAGAAAGUUUUUCGACGAAGACUUUUUCCACCGGCAUACGGGAUACUGUGCGACACGGAAAUACUCGUGUUGUGAAUGCGAUGCCACUCGAAUGACUUCAGGCGAAUUUAGGCGUCAUGUUGCACGGACUGGCCAUGCGGACACACCGGUCAUCGAUUGUGGGGAGGCUCGCAGGGAGUUACAGCUUCCAUGUCCGAUUUGCAAAGCUGUUUUUCGAUCAAUCAGCUCACAACAAUACCAUAUGACCAUAGCUCACAAGGAACCUCAUAUUAAGUGCCCUAAAUGUGAUGAAGUAUUUCACUUUCAACGGAGAAUGCAGAAUCAUUUGGCAAGCCAUGAUGGAACACCAGUUGAUAAGAAAAUGGAACGAAAAAGACCAAAGGUCAUGCGUUGGGAGUAUCCAUGUCAAAAGUGUAGCGCUGUAUUCUACACCAACAAAGAAUUGAUGCAUCACAAGUUCACAAUGCAUAAGCCGCCUUCUCGCAAAUGUUCCAAGUGUCCAGAGUGUUCAAAAGUUUUCGACCGCAAAUCCAGAUUGACAGAUCACAUGAGCCGUCAUCACGGCGGCGAACCAAGGAAACUACCCCCAAACAAACGAAGUUGUAAUGAUUGUAAUGUCGAGUUCAACAGUAUUGGUGCAUUUAAGUAUCACAUGGCAAAGAUUCAUGGAGAACAUCGUUUCAAUUGUCCUGUAUGUUCAAAAGCGUUCCACCUGAAAGCUAAAAUGCUCUUGCAUUUGAGAACCCAUGAAAAAAAUAACCUGAAGCUUAUAAUUAUACCCGCUGAUGUACCUUUUCCGACUUGUGGCGCUGAGGUUAAACCUAUGCAGGCAGAAGGGCUACUUGAAGUACGUACGAAUAAACCAAAAACACCAGAAAACAGAAGUUGUACAUAUUGUAAUAUCGAGUUCAACACUAUAGCUAAAUGGAAGUAUCACAUGUUAAAGUUCCAUCGAGAACCUCGUUUCAAAUGUCCUAUAUGUGCGAAAACGUUCCACUACAAACAUUCAGGGAAGGCACAUUUGAACAAACAUGGAACAACAGAACUGGAGAAGAUACAGCUUGAGGAAAUUAUUCCAAAGCCACGAAGGCUACCCAAAGCAAAAAUUGAACCUCGUUUUAAAUGCCCAAAGUGUGAAAAACCUUUCUAUUUCCAAUCAAAACUGGAUCGGCAUUUACGCAAUCACGUUAAAUUCGAUAGGAAGCAAAAUGGUUUGACGACUACGAUUCCUACAGAGCCGCGUUUUAAGUGUCCCAAAUGCGAGAAACCCUGCAAAUUCAAAAGUGAAUUGAAGAGACAUCUAGAGUCCCAUGCUAAACAAGAAUUGAAGCCAAAAAUUCAAAAGAGACCACUACCCGCAGAAAAACAAAGUUGUACAAAGUGUAAUGUCGAGUUCAACUCUUAUGGUGCAUGGUAUUAUCACUUGACACAUUUCCAUCGAGAAUUUCGUUUUAAAUGUCCUUUGUGUAUGAAAGGGUUCCAGUACGAAUCUUACCUGAAAACUCAUUUGAGAAACCAUGAGAAAAACAAACAGAAGAAAGAGCCUGAGGAAAUUAUACCCGCGGAUGUGCCUUCUCCGAUUUCUGAUAAUGAGAUUGAACCUACGGAGGCAGAAAGUCUUUAUGCAUCAGCUUAAAAACCGAUAAUUAUAUUUUUCUAUGCGAUUACGAGUACUGAGCCUCGUUUGAAAAGUCCAAUGUGUGAAAAACCGUUAAAUUUCCGAUCAAAACUGUUGAAGCAUUUAAGCUCUCACACUGAACUCGAUUGGAAGAAAAAUACUUUGAAGAAAACCGAGGAUCCCGACUCACCGAUUAUUCAUUUAAGUGUUAUCUGCAAGGCUGAACUCCGUACUGCUGAUUCCAUGACUACGGUUCACAUAGAGCCGCAUUUACAGUGUCCCAAAUGCGAGAAAGCCUUCCACUUCCGAGGUCGAUUGCAAAAACAUAUAGAACAACAAUUGAAGCAGGCAAUUGAAAAAGAGCAAAUAUAAAAAAGGCAACGGUUCAUGUGGGAACAAAUAUUGAGUGUGAUAAAUGUGACAAAACAUUCCAUUUCGCAUCCUGGCUCCUGCAGCAUUUUCGUACUCAUGAAGGUGAAAAAUAAAGUAAGAUUAAAAAAAAAUAAUCGAAUACCAAUGUGAUUUUCAAAUUCAUACUUGUACAAAACCUAGAAGUAAUAAAACUGAAUCGAUAGAAAUUUGGUGGAAUGGAUAA